CAACCCCGCGAGCGUACAAAGCAAUAGAUGAUUCCACAUAAGACUGAGCUCCCCCUGCACACUGCCCUUUUACCUAUCACCCAAUUUGUCAUACCUCGAUAUCAAAUAUAUCCUCAAAUAUAUUAUAAAUAUCCUUCAUGCGUAUCCCAACGUUUCCGACUCUCGUCCGUACCUUCUACACAAUCAGCAAUUAUACGCUUUCUCGCCUCCCAGCAACACAAUACAAAGCCCUUCAACCCAUCACUCGAGGAACCGUCCUGAGAUCAAUGCCAACCAUCCCAUUUCUAUCAUCUUUCUUUGGUACUUCAAGCUCUCAGCAAAUGUCUUAUCCAGUGCAAAAGACAGACGAAGAAUGGCAAGCUGUUCUUUCAAGAGAACAAUUCCGAGUCCUCCGUAAACAAGGCACCGAAGCUCCCUAUGUUGGCAAAUACGACAAGCACAUGCCCGACUCCGGUGUCUACACAUGCGCCGGCUGCGACGCCCCUCUAUACAAAGCUUCACACAAAUUCAAAUCUGGUUGUGGAUGGCCCGCCUAUUUCGAUAACAUUCCUGGCGCUGUAACAAGACAUACAGAUAGUACUUUGGGUAUGGAGCGAACUGAAAUAGUGUGUUCAAAUUGCGGAGGCCAUUUGGGACAUGUAUUCAAAGGUGAAGGAUAUAAGACACCGACCGAUGAGAGACACUGUGUCAAUAGUGUGAGCAUGAAGUUUGCCCCGGAAGACAAAAUCGUGGAUGACGCGAAGAGUGCCGGGGAGAGCAAAGUUUGAUUUGGAAGUGCUGUGUGAUACUCGGGGGAGAUGGUAGUCGAGUGAGGAAGCCGAUUUGGAAGGAAUUGUAUGAUACCGACGCGAAAGAUGAAUAAUGAACUAGCAAGCGCUACUUGUAUUGAUAGUUAGUGGACCAGACCUUAUGAGCAGAACAAAUAUCCCAUAGAAUGAAUUCUAUUCUGCCAUGCGUUCAUUUUGAUCGUUACCGGUUAUCUUAGUUGAUGCCGGCUUGUUUUGCUCUUACAUGCUUGCCGUUUCUUCACUGUCCUUUUUGAGCAGUAUGAUUUAUAGAUCGUUCGUUACAUUCCCACUGGUUCUCUUUUCUUUUCCAUGAACGGGGUUAUUUUGUAUACAACACUUGCUUUCAUCUUCGACGAGGUUUCAGCUUAUCCGGACCCAUUAUCUUCAUGUCGCCUCCUACACUAUUCCAGAUCAGCUUGUAUCGCAGCCAUCAAUCAACCCAUAUGUACCUUCCUUGCAUCACCGAACGUUAUCACGAUCCCAAUAUCAUCAGCUUACUUUAUCUUGCAAUCACCACGACGUUAGACGAGUUCGAUACUUCGAUCACACCUUUAUUCACAUCACUCAUACAUUCAUCAUCACUACACAACUUCCCGCUACCUAAUAUUGAAGUAGUUUUAUUGCUAUAUUUUCCAAUUACACAAACGCCUAUUGACAAAGGAAAAUGGCAAGAUCUAUUAUAAGCCCUCCUCGCUCGAUAGAUCUUGUAGAAUAUCAAGUUCUAACCUCUUCCG